AUGGUGUUUGCUGCUGUGUGUCAAAAAGCCAGUUUUGUUGGCUUUUUUCCUUCGGGAACGUUUCUGUACGGCACAGCUUCGCAGCAGCGCUCCGCGGGCGAGCGGCCGGCCCCCGCCGCAGCCCGAGCGGCUGACGGCGGAACGGCUCUGCCCCGACCGCCGCCGGUUAGAGCAACGGCCGCCGGGACGAGAGGCAGCGCCCCGGGGGCAGCCAUGCAGGAUCCCAAUGAAGACACUGAAUGGAAUGACCUACUGAGGCACUUUGGGAUUCUACCUCCAAAAGAAAAGCUGGAAGAUGAAACCGAGGAAGUGGUUUUGCACUUGCAGAGAGAAGCAGAAGUGGAACCAUAUGAAAGGAUGAAACUUGAAGAAUUAAGGGAAGCUGAAGAUGACUUUGAUGAGGCUGAUAGGAAAGCUAUUGAAAUGUACAGGCAGCAACGUUUGCAAGAAUGGAAAUGUCUUCAGAGGAGGCAAAAGUAUGGGGAGCUGAGAGAAAUUUGUGGAGAGCAGUAUGUAAAGGAAGUCACAAAUGCACCAGAGGAUGUUUGGGUUAUACUUCACCUCUAUCGGCCAAGUGUCCCAAUGUGCUUACUGGUGAAUGAACAUCUCAGCCUGCUAGCCAGAAAGUUUCCAGAAGCCAAGUUCCUCCAAGCCACUGUAGACAGCUGCGUUCAGAAUUACCAGGACAGAUGCUUGCCCACAAUACUUGUAUAUAAAACUGGUCAAGUGAGAGGCAGGCUCGUUGGAGCAGCUGAAUGUGGGGGAAGAGAUCUCCAAGUGGAAGAGCUUGAAUGGAAACUGGCAGAAGUUGGAGCACUAGAAACUGACUUAGAAGAAAACCCCAAAAAGGACAUUCUGAAUAUGAUGACCUCAUCAGUGCAGAGUAUUUCUGCUCACAAAGACACCAGUGCAAAGCGCUGUGAUGUGAUGAAACCACGUGUUGCUUGA